GGGCGGUCAGCGCCGGCCUCAUGCAGCUCCUCCCGCCGCCUCUCCGCACCGGAACAAAGACUCAAAUGGAUGCUAAAAAGCCAAGGAAAUGUGAUUUGACUCCCUUCCUGGUUUUGAAAGCAAGAAAGAAACAAAAGUUCACCUCUGCGAAGUGCUGCUCUAGAAUGGACACUGCACAAUGGCAAAGGUUUUACUGGACUGGCUCAGUGCCAACUCCCCAGAACUUAGGUCAGUGCCUCCCACAGACUAGCACUUGAUGUGUGCUUGUGGAAUCAAAACUAGGAGUGUGUUUAUUCAUUUAUUUCCUCUACAAGUAUGUGCUGUCUACUCAUCUCAGACAUUGUUCUAGGGACUAGGGAUGCAGUGGAGAACAAAACAGGCCGUAAAACUCUCAUAAAGCUUAAAAUUGGGAUUCUUUGUAGGAAGACCAGAUGUUUUGACUAAAUGCUGAGAAUGGUAAUGACUCACCUUCAUUUUCGCUGGCAGUUAAAGAGUUGGAACUGAAUAGACCAGUGAUUUCUUAGCCUGGGUUGUGUAUUGGGAACACCCAGGGAAGUUUUAAAGACUACUGAAAUCAGAAUCUUUAGGGGUCAUGGACAUUUUUUUUUUUUUUUUUGUGACAGAGUCUCGCUCUGUCGCCCAGGCUGGAGUGCAGUGGCGCGAUCUUGGCUUACUGCAAGCUCCACCUCCCGGGUUCACGCCAUUCUCCUGCCUCAGCCUCCGGAGUAGCUGGGACUACAGGCGCCCACCACCACGCCUGGCUAAUUUUUGUUGUUGUUGUAGUAUUUUUAGUAGAGACGGAGUUUCACCGUGUUAGCCAGGAUGGUCUCGAUCUCCUGACCUCGUGAUCCAUCCGCCUUGGCCUCCCAAAGUGCUGGGAUUACAGGCGUGAGCCACCGUGCCUGGCCUAUGGACAUGUUUUAAAAAGUUCUUUUCUAUCAUGUGGGGACAGGUGUCCAUUUCAUCAUCAGGUGUGAGACCUCAGGUCAUUAAGUCUCUGACAUUUUGCUGUUUGUGAAACUGGAAUAAUUAUUCCUACAUCCCCUGAUUGCAGUGGUAUUAAGGGAGGUAAGAGAAUGUGAGCUCUCCGGCUGGCACAUGUUGGAAGCCCGAUAAGUAUUGGUUGCUUUUAUCUUCCCUCUGUCUCUCCAUUUAACAGAAAGGGGCUUCCUGUAAGAGACGGGCUUAUCAGUGAGUGUCACACAGUGGAAGAGGAUAUCCGAGGGUCAUUCAUUGUCUCAUUUCCAUGUCUCAUCAGCACUUCCUAUACGAAAAGCAGGAACAAAACAAAAUCCUGAUCCGACCAUUUGGUGUUGGGCAAAGGAAUGGAAAUCAGUUCAAGCUGAAGAGACAGCAAACAGCAGAGAUGUUAAUUGCUAGUUCUGUCUAGGUUUUUAGGUUGGCACACUAUUAUUUAUGGUAAUGCAUUCACCUGUUAAAUGCAAAUGCAAGACUCGAACUAGAAGAACUUGUAAUGAUCAUUGCAAGUUAACAUUAAAACGUUUAAAAUAUAACCGUAAGCAGCCAAUCUAGAAUCAGUGGCUCAAUGAAGAUAGGCAUUUACUUCUAUAUAAUGUCUACAUUUGGAAUGGAUUUGGGGUCCUGAAGGAGAGUUUUACAUAGUUUUCCCCAUUCUUUCCUAGGGCCCUACUCUUUCUGAGAUCUACAUGGAAGAGACAAGGAGGAGUCAGCUGAGAAAACAGGAAAAUCGCCUGUGAAGUAUGACUGAGGCGGGAUGGUGUGAUGGAGGUGUGCCUUUCCGAAAAGGCUGGGUGGGCUGAGGCCUGCAGAGAGUCCAGUUGCUAUCUUCCCUGAACAGUCCAGGUUGGAAGUAAACCUUCGGUUCAGGUCCAGAAGCCACCUUCCAAUAUCAAGAACUCCAGAAUGACCCAAGUCUUUCAUAAGAACACCAGUGUUACUUCACUCCCCUUUGUGGACACCAAGGGGAAGAAGAAUAUGGUAAGCUUCCCACACAUUAGCAAGAAAGUCCUGCUGAAGUCAUCCCUGCUGUAUCAGGAGAAUCAAGCUCACAAUCAGAUGCCGGCCUCAGAGCUCAAGGCUUCAGAAAUACCUUUCCACCCUAGCAUUAAAACCCAGGAUCCCAAGGCAGAGGAGAAGUCACCAAAGAAGCAAAAGGUGACUCUGACAGCGGCAGAGGCCCUAAAGCUUUUUAAGAACCAGCUGUCUCCAUAUGAACAAAGUGAAAUCCUGGGCUACGCGGAGCUGUGGUUCCUGGGGCUUGAAGCCAAGAAGCUCGACAUGGCUCCUGAGAAAUUUAGCAAGACGAGUUUUGAUGAUGAGCAUGGCUUCUAUCUGAAGGUCCUGCAUGAUCACAUUGCCUACCGCUAUGAAGUUCUGGAGACGAUCGGGAAGGGGUCCUUUGGACAGGUGGCCAAGUGCUUGGAUCACAAAAACAAUGAGCUGGUGGCCCUGAAAAUCAUCAGGAACAAGAAGAGGUUUCACCAGCAGGCCCUGAUGGAGCUGAAGAUCCUGGAAGCUCUCAGAAAGAAGGACAAAGACAACACCUACAAUGUGGUGCAUAUGAAGGACUUUUUCUACUUUCGCAAUCACUUCUGCAUCACCUUUGAGCUCCUGGGAAUCAACUUGUAUGAGUUGAUGAAGAAUAACAACUUUCAAGGCUUCAGUCUGUCCAUAGUUCGGCGCUUCACUCUCUCUGUUUUGAAGUGCUUGCAGAUGCUUUCGGUAGAGAGAAUCAUUCACUGUGAUCUCAAGCCUGAAAAUAUAGUGCUAUACCAAAAGGGCCAAGCCUCUGUUAAAGUCAUUGACUUUGGAUCAAGCUGUUAUGAACACCAGAAAGUAUACACGUACAUCCAAAGCCGGUUCUACCGGUCCCCAGAAGUGAUCCUGGGCCACCCCUACGACAUGGCCAUUGACAUGUGGAGCCUGGGCUGCAUCACGGCGGAGUUGUACACGGGCUACCCCCUGUUCCCCGGGGAGAAUGAGGUGGAGCAGCUGGCCUGCAUCAUGGAGGUGCUGGGUCUGCCGCCAGCCGGCUUCAUUCAGACAGCCUCCAGGAGACAGACAUUCUUUGAUGCCAAAGGUUUUCCUAAAACUAUAACCAACAACAGGGGGAAAAAAAGAUACCCAGAUUCCAAGGACCUCACGAUGGUGCUGAAAACCUAUGACACCAGCUUCCUGGACUUUCUCAGAAGGUGUUUGGUAUGGGAACCUUCUCUUCGCAUGACGCCGGACCAGGCCCUCAAGCAUGCUUGGAUUCAUCAGUCUCGGAACCUCAAGCCACAGCCCAGGCCCCAGACCCUGAGGAAAUCCAAUUCCUUUUUCCCCUCUGAGACAAGGAAGGACAAGGUUCAAGGCCGUCAUCACUCGAGCAGAAAAGCAGAUGAGGUCACCAAAGAGACUACAGAGAAAACAAAAGAUGGCCCCACGAAGCAUGUUCAGCAUUCAGGUGAUCAGCAGGACUGUCUCCAGCAUGGAGCUGACACUGUUCAGCUGCCUCAACUGGUAGAAGCUCCCAAGAAGUCAGAGGCAGCUGUCGGGGCAGAGGUGUCCAUGACCUCCCCAGGACAGAGCAAAAACCCCUCCCUCAAGAACACAAACAUUUUACCCCCUAUUGUAUGAUCUUUGCUGAGGGUAUGUCCUGCUCCUUUCCACCAGUGAUUUGUAUUAAGACAGCACUUAUAUUGUACAAUACUUCAGACUGUUUUUUUUAAAUACAUAAAACUUUAUUUUAAAAAACUCUA